AUGCGUAUUCACGGACGGGAUCGAAUAUGUGGGGAACGAAGGAGGUGGCUUGAAAGGAAGAGUAGUAGUGGUGAAUCAGAAAGAAAUAAGGUCGGAGCUGACGGUGGCGAGUCCACCGGAGAAGACGUAGUGGUCGGAGAUGUCGUUAUGGUCGUUCGAUUUCUUGUUCAAGUCAUAUUCUUUUGCAUACCCAAUCGAAUAAAGGACAUGAUAUCACCAUUGAUGUCGAAAGAUCUGAGGUUUAUUGUUGGUCUUGCAUCGAUCAAGUGUACGAUCCUGAGUUCGACGAGGUUGUUGUGUCUAAGCAGCUUAGAGGAUCGAAGUUUUUGGUCUCGCCUAGAGAUCGAAGAGAGAAAUGCACUUGUUCAUGCUCCUCCUUUGAGGAACUUUUGGUUGAGUGGUCAGCAUAAUCAUGAUCUUUGUCCGAGAACAUCAAUGGGGGGUCGUAUCACGUAUAGAGUGACAACCACUCCGGCGACAGAGCUAGUUUUCAUCAACUUAGCUUAUUGCUCUGUCUCCGACCUCUGUCAGUUCUUUGUUCCCGGCACCGAUCUCUUCCUCUGA